AUGUUCCUUACCUCUUAUUUCCUAUUCUUUUGUCUAGAGUUUGCCCAGCCGGUAGCGGCUCAGAAGUUUGGCAAGCAGAUCCAGAAGCGUCAGCUCGAGGUGCCUGAAUAUGCUGCCAGCUUUGUUAACUACAAGGCCCUGAAAAAGCUCAUCAAGAAGCUUUCUGCUACCCCUACCUUGACCUCACAGAACGAUGUUCUCCGCUCAGCCACCCCCGUGGACUCCCAGGCCGCUCUUCAAGCCAACAAGGCGACCUUCUUCUUCCAACUGGAACGAGAGCUCGACAAAGUCAAUGCCUUUUAUCUACAGAAAGAAGCCGAGCUCAAAAUUCGCCUCAAGACACUUCUAGACAAGAAGAAAGUACUACAGUCCCGGCAAGGUGUCUCUCGACGUUCGGCCAAGUUUACUACUCUCGAGGAGGGCUUCCAGCAGUUUGCUACCGACCUGAACAAGCUCCAGCAAUUUGUUGAGAUCAACGGCACGGCUUUCUCAAAAAUUCUUAAAAAAUGGGACAAGACAUCUAAAUCCAAGACGAAGGAGCUUUACCUGUCAAGAGCCGUUGAAGUACAGCCAUUCUUCAAUGCUACAGUUAUAAGCGAGCUGUCUGACCAGGCCACUACAAGCUUACAGGAGUUGGGUGCCUGGUCCGAUGGAAUUCAGGUCAACUUCCAGUCUGGCCAUGUUGUGACUUCGCAGCAUUUCGUUGGUACUGAUGAAGGGGACGCGGACACUUUACUUCUUGAUACUGUCAUCACAGGGAACAUCGAGUCGUUGAAGGACCUUCUCCUACGGAUGCGCUCUGCAAAUGAAACUGGAGAUGGCGAUAGCUCGUUGAUGGAGAGGAUCACGCGCACCUUCUUAGCAGCCAUUUCCGAAGCCCCGGAAGAGUCCUUACGAGUGCUUCUUGACACGGGUCUUGUCGAUCUUCACUCUUACGAUGACAUCAAUGAGAGAAACUGCUUGCACCAAGCUGCCAUCUAUGGAAAGCAGCAUGUCUUGGAAUGGGGGUUAUCUGUCAAUGUCGUUGUGGACAGGACAGAUGUCUAUGGCCGAGUUCCACUGCAUUAUGCCAGUCUCCACGGGAGAUUGGAGAUGCUCAAGGUCCUUUUGGAUGCAAAUCAAAAAACAAUCGAUCUAACCGACCACGAUAACUUCACCCCCUUGAUCCAUUCCAUCAUCCACUGCCACCUCGACUGUAUUGAACUUCUUCUCGCUAGAUCCGCACGUAUCGAUCCGGUCUCUGACGCGGACCAUGUUCCCCUGAACCUAGCUUGCGAACAUGGCUCUGUGGCUGUGGUCGAAAUGCUACUGAAACACGGUGCCCAAAUUCUACCGGACGCUGAAGGCCUGUACCCUCAGCAUCUCGUAGCAAGAGCAGGCCAAACAUCGGAGCUCCUCCUCCUCCUUAAGGAAUUUGGUGCCGACCUGGAUCAAAUCGAUAAGCUCUAUGGAUGGACACCUUUGGUUCAUUCUGCAAGUGAAGGCAAUGUCGACUGUCUUCAAGCACUGCUCAAGGUUGGGGUUGACGCAAGUAUUGUGGAUGAGAAAGAUCUUCCAGCAAUGUACUAUGCUGCGUGGGAGGGACACCUUGCGUGUAUGAAACUACUGACGCCCUUUAACACACGACCCCGGGCGAGCCCCUUUAUAGUACAACCUGCUUUAGGCCCCAUGGACUCGAGCACCGCACCCUUGCCUAUGUCGCUCGACCCUGAUGCGAUCCCCGAACUCGAGCUUCCUCCUCCGAUCAUCCCGCUUCGCAGAUACGGCCACAACUUUCUCGAUACCAAGACUGUCGUUCAGAUCUCCUUCGGUGAUUUCGACGAGCAGCCCCUCAUCUUCUUCCAAGACGGCAAAUACCCCGCGGCUCGCCUUACAAUAUCUUCCAAAGUUUCGGACCUUAUCCCCAAGAACGUUAUUCUGCCGUUCCAGGAAGAUACUCGCAUUGUUUCCUUCCAGGUUGACAACUUGGAUACUUUCAGUCUAGACAUCGACGUGUUCCCCACCUAUGGCGCAAAGGUUAUUGCCAAGACUGUCGCUCUACCAAGUAUGUUCAAGGGAUUGCAAGGCACUUCAGGUUGCUGUCUGCCUCUUUUCGAUCCUCGCCUUCGUGCCAUUGGUCAGAUAAGCUUUACUGUACAGGUUAUCAAGCCGUUCCAAGGAAAACCUCUGGAAAUCACCGACUUUGAAACUUACUGGAAAGCAACAAGCCAAUUCAAUCAGCCAACCAGUGCCAUUGUCACCGGAUCGAGUCUCUCAGGCGAUUAUGUGAGGCUUUUUGUUCAACACACCAGUGAUGGCGUCCCUGUUCUCUGGCCCAUGUGGACAAUAGCCUGCGGCGGACUUGAUAUUCCUGUUUGCCGGUUGACUCUGGAACAGUUUACAUCUAUGACUAUCAGGAGCAAUAGCCGUGCAGAUCUUCCCAGCUUGAUAAGCAAGUCAUAUGAGAGCAUUGCAGAGGUUUAUCACAUUCUUGCCACGGCCGGUGUAACCCUCCAAGAAGCCCUCGCGCUCCUAAACCCUGGUAUGCACGUCAACCUUCAGGUUUUAUACCCGACGGCCGAAGAAGAGAAGGCCUUCUCUCUUGGCCCUGCCUUGGAUGUCAACAUCUAUGUCGAUUCUAUCCUCAACAUCGUGUUCGACCAUGCCCGGACACAACGCGCACAAGCCCCUGAUAUUGUGCGAUCGAUUGUGUUUAGCAGCUACAACCCUCGACUCUGUACCGCUUUGAAUUGGAAGCAACCGAACUUCCCUGUCUUCUUGUGCAAUGAUCUUGGGCGAGAGGAGACCUCGGGAGCUACCGGCUUGGCUCUGAGCAGUGGAAGGCGAAGUGCUUCUAUCAAGGAGGUGGUGAGAAUCGCUCAGAGUAAUAACUUUAUGGGACUAAUAUGUUAUUCUCGACUCUUGGAUAUGGUACCGGCUCUUGUGGAUGCUAUCAAGUCUCAUGGACUCGCGUUGGUGACGGACAAAUCGUCAGACUCACCGGACGCAAGCCCUAUGACUGACCCUUUUCCCCGACCGCCUAAGGGCGUUGAUGGGGUGCUUAAGACUCAUGGAAUUUUGCGAUUCAAUGAUUCGAUAGACAUGUAG